GAAAUGAAGUGUAUAAAAUAGGAGGUGUGUAUAUAUCAUUGUUGGUUAUGGAAUAUCAUGGUUUCUAGAAUUGAGUUCAGAAACGCUCUUCUUCAUCCUUCAAAUUGAACCUCUCUCACAAUCACUACUCACUGGAGAAGAAAGAUGAACGAGCAACGACAAUGGUGCACGGAGAACCCCUCUCUAUUUUCCAAUCUCCCUGAAGAGUUGAUUCUACAUAUUCUACUGAGGUUACCGGUGAGAUCUCUUCUCCGCUUCAAAUCGGUAUGCAAAUCGUGGCUGUCUUUGAUUUCCGAUCCCAAAUUUGGUAAAUCUCACUAUGAUAUAUCUGCUUCACCCACUCACCGAUGUCUUACCAAAGGCAAUGAUUCUGAAAUUGAGUCCAUAGAUGUAGAUGCAUCAUCACUUCACGAUGAUUCUUCUGUAGUUAGCCUCAAAUUUCCGCUUCCACCACCGCCCCGUGAGGGAUAUGUUUUUGGUCCUGACCCCCCUAGUGAUGUUGAGUUCGUGGGUUCAUGUAGAGGGUUUGUUCUUGUAGCUUAUCCACAAGGUGAUGUCAUUGUAUGGAAUCCAUCAACCGGUGUGCAGAGAAGAAUUGUAGAUGACCUUGAUGAGAUGAUUGCUAUGUAUCCAACUGGUUUUGGGUAUGACAAAUCAACAGAUGACUACUUGCUCGUUAUUAUGAACGUGAUUCCUGAAGGCUAUUAUCCAGAGGAUGUACCUGAUCUUCCUACUACCAUUCGCAUUUUUUCCAUGAAAACAAAUUCCUGGUUUAACCAGGAGGGUACUUAUGCUCAAUAUGUGGAUAUGGGUUGUGCUCAUCUCAAAAUUGGGGCCUUCUUGAACGACACACUGCACUGGUUGGUAACCUCUUAUGAAACCAAACUUCAUUUAAUUAUUGCCUUUGAUUUGGUACAAAGGAGUUUUUCAGAGAUUCCUUUGCCACACGUUUUAGCCAGGGAAUUAGAAAAUAAACAUUGGUAUAAUUUGAGGGUCAUGGGAGAAUGUCUCAGCCUAUGUUACCCAGGUAACAUGGAUUCAAUGGCUGAGAUUUGGAUGCUGAAAGACUAUAAAGUGCAGUCAUCUUGGGCCAAAUUAUUUGUUUUUUCUACCUGUAACAUUCCCCGUAAUGUCAUUUAUCCAAUAUGUUUCACCAAACAUGGUGAAUUGUUUUGUUCAUAUGGCUCUGGAAGAUUAAUGAUAGUUGAUGACAAAGGGUGGCAGCUUCUUGAUCAGAGCACUAAAUGGCCCAAACCCCAUAUGAUGUUUGGUGAGGAAAGAGAGUGUAUGCUGCCCUGUGGUUUGUAUAGAGAGAGUUUACUAUCACUCACUAAUGACUUUCAGGAAGCAAGUGAAGAUGACCAGCUGACGAUUUCCUUGGUGGGGACAAGUGAAGAUGACCAAUAGGCAAUAGUAUCUGGCAAUAAGAAUUAGGAUAUGAGAAAGAACUUCCCGUUUGAGCUAUUUUACUUGGGUGGUGAUGAAGUUAAUACAAGUCAAUUUUAUUGGUUUCCUUCUUGCAACAUCCUAGCUAACCACUUGACCUAAAAGCAUAAGUUGUUCAAUGUCUAAAUUUUUUUUUUUAUCAGUAGUAGAACUAAGUUGAACUCUAAAGUCAUAAAUGCUAUAUGAGGGCACUUGAUGAUCCUGCAUUUUCCCUUCUUCAUGGACAACGGGUAUUGUAGGUUGAUUUGUGACAGCUAGUCCUUACUCUGCUAAAGUUAUCGCAUGAAUAAACUACAAUGAAAUUUAUAUUCUAUGUUUAGAUAUAUCAGGGGGUUAUGAUUCAUCCCCACCCUUAAUUUAUUUUAUUUUCA